AUGCUUUCAAAUUACGAUCAUUUCGGUACCUCUCAACCAAUUGGUAGUAACAAUGAUGUAUUCAACUUUGAAUACGUCAUUCCCACCUCUCUAGAAAUCGAUGAUAUCAGUAAUAUUAAUGAAUUGGACGCUGGAAGUCAUCAUGAUAAUUCAACUGAAGAAACUCUAAUCUUUAAUAGUGGCAUAACUCUAGAUACAACAAAGACAAAUCUUUCGAAUAGUAACCUCAGUACCAAGAAAACAACUACUGAAUUGUUCACUACUAGUAACCAUAAUGACUUCUUUCCAUUGCUUGAUGUAGAUUAUUCAUCGGCCUUUAGUGACUUCAAUAAUACAGAUGAUCAAGAGCAUUUCGAUACAAUUGAUACGCUAACCUCAUAUCCUGUUUCUCUUGAAGUAGAGGAAGAUAAGAGAUUUGAAUCUUUCGAACAAUUAGAUUCCCUCAAGCCUGAAUAUCAGGGCAACUCGCCAACAAACUCAUCUUCUUCAACGAGUUCGAAACAAUCAUCAAACUCAAUUUUCUCUGCUCAGAAAGAUGGUAAAGGUAUUUCAAGUCAAGCGGUUUCUUUUCAUAAUGAGAUAAGUCAAUUCAAGGACUUUGUGAAUUCAUCUUCCUCAUUAACAGUCGAACCUAAUACAAAGUUACAACUACUCACUCCAGAAGAAUUGAUGCUUCCAAAUAAUGCUACUAACUAUAAUUUACAGGAUAUCGAAAAUACAGAGUCUGAGCAUUUCUUCAACAUAGAUUCUUUCACCCUUUCGCAGAGGUCAUUAUCUACUGCAGAUUCCCAUGAAUACAAUCAAAAGAGAACGAAACGUAAAUCUACAAAGAAGCGUUCUCAUUCAACAAUUAUCACUUCAACAGAUUCUCUAACGCCGACAACGAAAAAGGUAUCUGAUUCAAGAUUGUCAGCCGACGGAUUAGCAAAAGUAUUAAAACUAUCAUCUCCAGAGGAAGCUCUAGAGAGAGAACGUUACAUCCUAAAUAUCUUUGAACAUGAAUUACACUACCCCUUAGGUUAUAAGACAUGGAUUCGUGAUACUACUAAAGAUUACAGAACGCAAUUAAUCGAAGCUUUACAUGAAAGGGUCAAGGAGAAAUAUCCAGAAUAUGAUCAUGCCGUCUUAGAAACAAUCAUAAGAAGAGCAACGUAUUAUAUGAUGCAGAGUAGAUUAAGAAGGGAAAGACGAGCCAAAAGUAAGGGGAAAUGUAAUAGUAAUAGUAAUAGUAAUAGUAAUAGUAAUAUUAAUAUUAAUGAGACUAUUGAUGCAUAA